AUAAAUCGUAAGGGUACAAGUCACAGAAAGCCUAAACUAUACUCCCUUUUCUGGCAGUUGACACCAUAACCGCUCCCCUAAUAGCAAGCUGGCUAACAAGCAGAAACUUCAGUAGCAUAAACGACAAUGUUCUAUCAUCACUGAAUCAAGGGAGAAAAACUUCGAUGGGACGGGUGCACCAGCAAGGAUUGGUGACGUGGUGCACCCGACCAAUCCUGUCCCGACACGUGUCAAUAAUAGACAUUAAAAAUUAGAACUUAAGAAGUCCCAUUUCUAAUUCAACGAAAAAACCCCCUUUCUCUGUGUUGCGGUGUGGCCGUUGCAGGGGACUAGGCUUUCCUCCUCUCGCCGGCGAGUUUCUUACUACGGUGAGAUCGGGAUGAUCAAUUCAGACGAUAGGGAUUUCUAACUACGGCAGAAACAAUUUACCAUGGUUUCUACGGAGAAAUCGGGAACGGACGGCAGGGAAUCGUUUAGUUAGGUCUCUAGGCUUUCCGUUGCCGUUGCGUCAUGUCGGGAGUGAAUCAGAGGAGCGAUAUCUUCGUACCUCUUCCGAGCUCAGAUUGACCAGAGCCUGGCGCUUCAACUCGCCGUCGUCGAUUUUCAAUCCGAUGAGCCAAUACUGGUUAAGAUGAAAACGAACCCGAACAUUGACCUGGUAGCUGUGUACCGGAAGACGGAAACUUCAACCGAUAUUGUGACGAUCAAUAGACAUUUCAAUCUCGUCGGUGUACAAUGGUUCUACAACGGUGAUGUUUAUCGGUUUGGGUACUGGAAAUUUCCCGUGGAUCAAUGACAUUAGGAAGGGAACAGAAAAACGGAAACACAGAAAUAAAAGGGGAUUCUUAAGUUCUAAUUUUUAAUGCCUAUUAUUGACACGUGUCGAGACGGGAUUGGUCGGGUGCACCACGUCACCCAUCCUUGUUGCUGCACCCGUCCCAUCUAAGUUUUUCUCGAAUCAAGGUUCGCAGCUCUUAUGUGUAUCGUCAAAGGAGAAAUUCUUUGGUGGUCCGGGAGCACCACGUUGGAAGGCUGAGUUAGUGCUCCCGACCAAUUACUUGCUGCCACGUGGAUAACAAUUAUAAUUAAACAAUUAUCUCUUUUAUUUCCGUUCUCAUCUUCCUAGCUUCAUGAAAGGGGAAACGAUUCCACUUCCCAGUCCCCACUAAACAACUAGCCCCAAAUUACAAGAUGAAGAGAGAAAUAUAAACGGAGCUCAAAGGAAAGAAGUCUGAAGUGGAUCCCUGGAAACAAACACCAAAAGUAUCAUUUCAAUUAAUUGCGGCCCUUCAAUCACCAUCGGAGACGUUUCUCUCGUCAAAGUAUGUGAGCAGAUUAUUAAAAGUGGUUAAUUUAUCGUUGCACUAAUCAAUUUGAAUGUCUUAAUUAACUUUUUAAAUGCCCCAUAAUUGUGAAUAUAAAUAGGAAGAAUAAAGAGACAUCAAUCCCUUCCCUGGGAGACGUUUUUCGGUCUUUUCCCCAUUCAAAACCCAACAAUGGGCUGCAAUAAACCAACAACGUAUCUUCCUCUACCUAGCCUCUUCUUGUUGUUCUUCGAUCCUCUCCCAGCUGUACUGUAAUCUAAACUCCAUUUUCCUUGUGAUUCUCAAUUGACAGUACUCAAAAGUAACAAUGGCUAAUGACAACAAGAAGGCAGAGCAGUUACAGCCACACCCAGUGAAGGAACAACUCCCUGGAGUCCAAUACUGCAUCAACAGCCCUCCUCCAUGGCCUGAAGCAAUCCUGCUUGCAUUCCAGCACUAUCUUCUCACCCUUGGCAUCACUGUCCUCAUACCCACCAUGAUUGUUCCUCAAAUGGGAGGCGGAAAUUUUGAGAAGGUCAGGGUGAUACAGACAUUGCUGUUCAUAUCAGGAGUGACCACGCUCUUAGAGACUCUAUUCGGCACUAGGCUUCCUUCCAUUGCAUCGGCUUCCUUUGCCUAUGUCAUACCAAUCACCUCCAUCGUCACUGCCGAUCGAUUCCAGUCCAUUCCAGACCCUCAUGAGAGGUUUCUGCAUACAAUGAGAGCAAUUCAGGGUUCUCUCAUUGUCACUGGCUGCUUCCAAGUAGUCAUGGGUUUCUUGGGUCUUUGGAGAAACACUGCCAGGUUUUUUAGCCCCCUUUCUAUGGCUCCAUGUGUAACUUUUGUCGGGCUUGGACUCUAUUAUCUUGGCUUCCCUGCUUUGGCAAGAUGUGUGGAGAUUGGGCUUCCACAAGUCAUCAUAAUGGUGUUCAUCACUCAGUAUCUUCCACACUAUGUAAAGUUUAAGAGGCCACUUUGCGAUCGAUUCGGGCUGCUAUUCUCGGUUCCUAUAGUAUGGCUGUUUGCUCAGCUCUUGACAUCAAGUGGAGUCUAUGACCACAAAUCUGUUGUCACCCAGUUGAGUUGUCGCACUGAUCGAUCUGGAUUAGUCUCUGCAGCUCCUUGGGUCUUCAUUCCUUCCCCGUUUCAAUGGGGAAACCCAACAUUUAAGGCCGGAGAAGCUUUCGCCAUGAUGGCUGCUUCCUUUGUUUCUCUGUUUGAGUCAACUGGUACAUUUUAUGCAACAGCUAGAUAUGGUAGUGCCACGCCGGUCCCUCCUUCAGUUGUCAGCCGUGGCACUGGAUGGCUGGGAUUUGGAGUCCUGUUGAAUGGAGUAUUUGGCAAUGUGACUGGCUUUACAGCAUCAGUGGAAAAUGCAGGGUUGCUAGCUCUUACUAAAGUUGGGAGCAGAAGGGUAAUCCAGAUAUCAGCAGGAUUCAUGAUUUUCUUCUCUAUAUUUGGCAAAUUUGGAGCCUUUUUUGCAUCCAUACCAAUGCCAAUCAUGGCAGGCACAUACUGCAUCCUCUUCUGCUAUGUCUCAUCAGCAGGGCUUGGCUUACUUCAAUUCUGCAACCUCAAUAGUUUCAGAACAAAGUUCAUCCUGGGUUUCUCCUUCUUCAUGGGCAUUUCCAUCCCACAAUACUUCAGAGAGUACUUUCAAAUCACUACUCAUCCUCACUCUGGUUCCAGAUGGUUCCAUGAUAUAGUGGUGAUCAUCUUCAUGUCUCACACAACAGUAGCUGCCUUGAUCGCCUUGUUCCUGGACUGCACUCUCACCGGCGGGACCACCGACGAGGAGACGAGGAAAGACAGUGGGAUGAAAUGGUGGGACAAGUUCAUUCAGUGCAGCUCGGAUAUAAGGAGUGACGAGUUCUAUUCCUUGCCCUGCUGCCUUAACAAGUUCUUCCCAGCUCAUUAGAAGAAUUGAACUAGCUAAACAGACUCACAGACAUUGAUUUGUUCUUUCCUCGUUAAAAAUUUUACAUUAUUUUGUAUCCCACACAAAUUUCUUAUGAUGUUUAGUUUAGAUAAAGAACGUAAAUUUGUUUGAACCCAAGCUUUAAAUUUCUCACUUAAAACAUGGAGGGGACAAUGUUGAGCUGGGAGAUAUAAAACAUCGCUUAAUUUUUUUUUUCCAUUUUAGUCAAACUAAAUUAAAAUUGAUAACUUGUGAAAAAUAUAAAUAUUUUAAAUUAAAAUAUGGCGAUUGGAUAGCGAUGUGGCGGAUUGACCGCUAGUUAAUAAUCUUGACCAUCCAGCAUAACAAUAAGCUCUCGGUUUGACUAAUUAAGUAAAAUUUAGAUUUAUCU